AUGUGUUCGAGUAAAGAGCGAGAAAAAGAGAAGCCGAAUAGUGAAACAUCACUACCUAGUGUAUUAGGCCAAGGAACCUCCCUGUCGUCGAUAGCGACCCUGGAACUCAAAGCUGGGGAAGCGUCCGAUGACCAGAGCGAUAGCGAUGGAUUUUCAGCUAGUGAAGCUCUCGAGGAGGAUUCAGAGUCAGAUCCUGAAGAUUACGAAGUCGAGCAACACGAUGAAUCGUUAGCCUCGACAAUUGUCCAGGAAAUUGACGAAGGCACCUAUGUCUGCUUGGUCUGUACUUGUGAGAUCGAUAGACAUCUGAAAGUCUGGAACUGCCGAAACUGCUACAGAGUAUACGAUCUUGACUGUAUCCGUGAUUGGGCACAGAGAGGAUCGUCUACAACCGAACAGAAGACCUGGAGAUGCCCGGCGUGCAGCUUUGAACAGAAGAAGCUUCCGUCUUCGUUCACAUGUUGGUGUGGAAGAGUCAAUAAUCCCACAGCAGACAGCUUGAUUCCUUUUAGCUGUGGGAACCCUUGCAACAAAAAAUAUCCACACUGUGUCCAUUCUUGUUCCUCUGUGUGCCAUCCAGGAAAGCAUCCUGAGUGUGGUGCCAUGGGCCCUUUGAUGAACUGCAAAUGUGGUAAGCAUAAGCAGCAGCUUCCUUGCUUGGUGACACCAUACAAGAUGGGAUGGCAAUGUGAAGAUGCUUGUGAAACAAAAGUUUGUAUGCUAGGCCAUGCUUGUUCCAAGGGCAAUUGUCAUUCAGGGUUCUGUGGUCCUUGCAAGACAAAGAUUGACGUAUCGUGCUACUGUGGACAGAACACGAAGUCAAUUCAGUGCAAGGACUUCCGUCCUGAAAUUAGCUUCAAGGAUAACGAGAAGUUCAUUGGUGGAACGAAAUGCAAGAACGUCACGAUUCAAUACUACGACUGUGACGAGCAUUUUGAGGAGCUCGACUGCCAGCCUUUGGCCAAGGAGAAGCCACACUGUAAGUUUGCUACAGAUGUCGUGAACAGCUGCUACUGUGGCAAGACUCCAUUCGACUCUUUAAAGCGUACAAAGUGUACCGAUCCUAUGCCUGCUUGUGAGAACGUGUGUGGAAAGAAACUCAGAUGUGGAUGUACCUGUCUUGCUCAGUGCCACGAAGGUCCUUGUGAGUGUUUCAACUUGAUAGAGACGAAGUGUGAGUGUGAGGCCAACUCGUUUAUUGUUCCUUGCAAGGCUCUUCAGCAAGGCUUCAAGCCCCGCUGUCUCAGGAAAUGUUCAGCUCCUCUCAGUUGCCGUCAUCAUGUUCACAGAGAGAGGUGCUGUCCGUUUGAGCAAGUUGCACUCAAGAGAGAGCGUGAAGUGAAGAAGCAGAUUAGAAACAAGACCAGAACGAACUUCGAGGACCAGGUACUCACCAUGGAACCAGUUCACAUCUGUACAAGAACAUGCAACCAAUUGAAGUCAUGUGGGCAGCAUCGUUGUGAAGCCUUGUGUCAUAGCGGUCCUUGUGGCGUGUGCUACGAAUCUUCCAACGAUGAUUUGGUGUGUCAUUGCGGCAAGACGGUCAUCCCUGCUCCAGUAAGAUGUGGAACGAAAUUGGAAUGCCACGAACAGUGUAUCCGUGAGAAGCCAUGCGGUCAUCCACAAGAGCCGCAUUGGUGCCACACCGAUGAUGACAGAUCCAAGGAGACUAGAAUUGGUACCAUAUUAGAGUGCAAUGAUGGUUGUGCUCAUGCCAAGCGAGAGGAGGAGUUACGCCAAAUCUUUAAUGUUUCGCCACAAGUCUUUGAGAAUCCAUACCCUGAGCUGAUUCUCAGUGUCUACAAAAGACAGAAGAACUGGUGUCUGAAAAUGGAGGCUGUUAUGAGAGAUUUCAUCAGUGACUAUCAAGAUUUGAAAGCAGCUGGUGCACCUACUAAAAAUACUCACCACUUCCAACCAAUGAUGAAGCCCCAAAGAGACUUCAUCAAAGAGCUCGCAACUACGUUCAAGCUUUACACGGAGUCACAAGAUAAGGAACCCAAUAGGGCAGUGUUCAUUGUAAUUACAGAGAGAACAGAGGUUCCGAAGAUGACGAUCCAUCAAACCAUAGAGAAGGAACAUGAAAUAGAGCUCAAGAGGAUCCAGCUUGAAGAGCUCAAACUCACACAGCUAGACGAAAAGCUCUGCAACGCUCUCUUAAUCAGAGAUACAUUUUUCGGUGUCAAUGAGGCAUCUGUCAGAAAGGCGGUCGGUGAAAUAUUGCUGACCAACAAAGGUUAUGAGGAGUUUGACGUCAAGUGUAUGAAAGAAUCUACCUUCGUCUUCUUUUCUCCCUCGCUCCGCGAGAUGGACAAGGAGAAGGAAGACAAUUUGUACAUGUUACUGAAAACCUUUAAAAGCAUGCUUCGUGAGAAGCUCAUAGCGUUCGACUGCAAGAUGUGUUUGGUUGAUGACGAUAUCACAGAGGUGUUGAAGGUAGACAACAACAAUGUCAUGAACAACAGCUCUAGCAGUCCAGGUCACUCCACCCCAAAGGUUGAGGAAUCGAACGGAGAUAAUUCCUUCGAGAUUCUACAAACUACAUAA